AUGUUGUACGAUCCUGCCUGCUACCACUGGCCCAUGCAGUUGAAAAUGCUGCGGAAACUUUCCCUUCUGCUGGCCAACGAAACUAUCUCUGUGAUGAUCAUCAAUAAGUCGCACAACUAUUUGGGCGUGGUAUUCAAGAAGUUUUCGAAGGCGGUCAACUGUCAUGGGGCCACAAUAUUCAGCACUUCACGUCUGGAUGGCUGGGACUUUAAGAUGCGCCCGAGACAGGACAGUACACGCGAAUAUCUGCGCUACAUUGCCCAGAACAGGCAGCCAGAGUUGUUGGGCUACGAUGCCAAUGGCGAGCCCAAAGCACCCGAGGCGGCAUUGGCUUACAUUGAAUGUCUAUUUGCUGAAAGCAGUUGA